AUGGACAGCCUGACCAGAGAUGAAGAGAGCUGGGAGCCACAUCCCCACCGGAGGCGGCGACGCCGCUGGAGCCUGACUGCCCCUUCUAUCCCCUCUGGGUGCAGACACGGCGAGACUGUGCACUGUGGUCUUCGACAGCAGGUGCAGAGCUGCAGAGGUUUGCAAAAAGAGGCUUUGAAACUAGAGAUGAAGAAACUAAGGAUCAGAAAAAAAGUGACAGAACUUGCCCAAGACUCACAGCUAGAGAAUCAUGAAUCUGUAUCUCAACCUGACCAGUCAGACCCCGGAGCCCACAUUCUUAGCAACCAAGCAUUCUCCAAACUAACUCUGUUUCAGAUCCCACUGUUCAAGAUGAAGAACCUGAUACUGAUCCUGUACCUCCUGGAAAUGAGUUCUGCAGUGCCGGUGUUUCCUCAGCAACCUGGGACACCAGGCAUGGCUAGUUUGAGCCUAGAGACAAUGAGACAAUUGAGUACCUUGCAGGGAUUAAACACGCUUUCUCAGUAUUCAAAAUUUGGCCUUGGGAAAUCACUCAAUUCUUUGUGGAUGCAUGGUCUCCUCCCACCACAUGCCUCCUUCCCAUGGAUAAGACCAAGGGAACAUGAAACACAACAGUAUGAAUAUUCUUUGCCUGUGCAUCCCCCACCUCUCCCAUCGCAGCCAUCCCUACAUCCUCAACUGCCAGGACAAAAACCGUUCCUCCAGCCCACUGUUGUAACAGCCAUCCAGAACACAGCCCAGAAGGGAGUACCUCAGCCUCCAGUUUACCAGGGACAGCCACCCUUGCACCAAGAAGAGGGGCCAAUGAUUCAACAACAGGUGGCACCAUCAGAUAAGCCACCAAAGACUGAGCUACCAGGAAUGGAUUUUGCUGGCCCACAAGACCCAUCAAUUUUCACAAUAGCCCGUCUGAUAUCUCAGGGACCAAUUCCACAAGAUAAACCAUCUCCACUUUUUCCAGGAAUGUUUUACAUGUCCUAUGGUGCAAAUCAAUUGAAUGCUCCUACCAGACUUGGUAUCAUGAGCUCAGAAGAAAUGAUGGGAGGCAGAGGAGGUCCCAUGGCCUACGGAGCCAUGUUCCCAGGAUUUGGAGGCAUGAGGCCCAGCCUUGGAGGGAUGCCUCCCCACCCAGGCAUGGGCGGGGACUUUACCCUGGAAUUUGACACCCCAAUGGCUGCAACCAAAGGCCCAGAGAAGGGAGAAGGAGUUGUGCAAGGUACUCCUGUGCCACCGGAGGCCAAUCCAGUCAAUCCAGAAAACCCAGCUCUGCUUCCAGAAGCAGAAAUUCCUGGUGCCUUUGGAGGGCUUCUCGCUCUCCCGAAGGACAAUAUUCCCAACCUGACUGGAGACCCUGCCGAGCAUAACGAGGGAUCCCCCAGGGUUACCCCAGCAGCUGCUGACCCACUGGUGACCCCUGGGUUAGCUGAUGUUUAUGAGCCCUACAGUGUUGAUAUGACUACACCCUUGGGCGAAACGACCAUGGAUACGGAUACCACAGUGACCCCAGACACCGAGCAAACAUCGAUGCCAGGAAACAAGGCCCAGCAGCCCGAUAUUGUGCAAAAUGUGUGGCAUCUCCAAGAGCCCUGAGAGCCUUGAGAUGUUAGCUGCAUUCUGU